AUGAAGAUGGCUUUUGUCAUCAAGAAGAAAGGUCAUUUGCUUUGGUUUGGUCUACUUUUUGGGUGCCUUGUUAACCUUGGGGUCAGCCUAGAAUUUACCGGAGCUGGUGGGCAAUGGGCAAGGUUCCCGAAGUGGAAUGCAUGCUGUGAAAGUGAGAUGAGCUUUAACAUGAAGACAAAUAUUUCCAGCAGUCUGUUGGUGUACUUUGAUGAUGAAGGAUUCUGUGAUUUUCUAGAACUUCUAAUUGUGGAUGGAUACCUUCAACUUCGUUUUUCCAUUUUCUGUGCUGAACCAGCUGUCCUACAGUCAGAAACUAAAGUAAAUGAUAGUCUCUGGCAUACAGUAGUUAUUCAGAGGAAUUUCAAGAAGACAACUUUAAUAGUAGACAAGGAGGUCAAAACAGUUGAAGUGAAAUCAAAGAGAAGGGAUAUGACAGUCUUUAGCAAAUUGUACAUUGGUGGAAUUCCACCAGAAUUUCAUUCAUCUGUGCUGUCAUUAACAUCAACUUCUGUAGGAAGUCAAGAACCAUUCCAGGGAUUAAUAACUGAUCUCAAGGUUGGAAAUGGGACAACCACACUCAUUGAUGGUCAAGGAAUCAAAAUGGAUGAAAACUAUCUUUGCACAAAUCACAGUCUAUGCUUAAAUGGGGGAACCUGCUCUGUUGUACAGGAGAAAGCAAUUUGUGAUUGUUCUCAUACCGGUUUUCAAGGAAAAGACUGCAGCGAAGGUGAGUUGUCUAUAUCCAGCUCUGGUGAAUCCCUUCAUGGAGCUAUGGACGGUGAAAAGACCAGGAGGAUGUCAGAUCCUCCAGAAGACAACUAUGUUGAAGGUCUGGCACACCUGAUGAUGGGCGACCAAGGUAAAAUUAAAGGAGUUAUCUCUAGCAACAUCUACAGGACUGGAAGAGACGAACAUGUUGCAACCUUUAAAGGAUCAGAAUACUUCUGCUAUGAUUUGUCACAGAAUCCAAUCCAGAGUAGCAGUGAUGAAAUAACGUUAUCAUUCAGAACCCUUCAAAGGAACGGUCUGAUGCUUCAUACAGGGAAAUCUGCAGAUUAUGUAAAUCUGGCUUUGAAAGAUGGUGCAGUCUCACUGGUCAUUAAUUUGGGGUCAGGAGCGUUUGAAGCUUUGGUGGAACCUGUGAAUGGAAAAUUUAAUGACAAUGCCUGGCAUGAUGUGAAAGUAACCCGGAACCUUCGUCAGCACUCAGGCAUCGGACACGCUAUGGUGACAAUCUCUGUAGAUGGAAUACUGACAACAACGGGCUACACACAGGAGGAUUACACCAUGCUAGGCUCUGAUGACUUUUUCUAUGUUGGAGGCAGUCCUAGCACUGCUGAUCUACCAGGUUCACCAGUCAGCAAUAAUUUUAUGGGUUGCCUGAAGGAGGUGGUUUAUAAAAAUAAUGAUGUUCGUUUGGAAUUAUCACGGCUUGCAAAACAAGGAGAUCGUAAGAUGAAGAUUCAUGGAAUGGUAGCUUUCAAAUGUGAGAAUGUUGCAACACUUGACCCAAUCACAUUUGAAACUCCUGAAUCAUUUAUUUCUCUACCAAAGUGGAAUGCUAAAAAGACAGGCUCCAUCUCAUUUGACUUUCGCACCACUGAGCCAAAUGGACUGAUUCUUUUUAGUCAUGGCAAGCCACGGCACCAAAAAGAUGCUAAAAAUCCACGAAUAGUAAAGGUGGACUUUUUUGCCAUUGAAAUGCUAGAUGGGCACUUAUACCUUCUGCUAGACAUGGGAUCUGGUGCUAUUAAAACAAAAGCUACUCAAAGAAAGGUGAAUGAUGGAGAGUGGUAUCAUGUGGAUUUUCAGAGAGAUGGAAGAUCAGGGACUAUAUCCAUAAACAGCAAGCGUUCACCAUACAUGGCACAUGGGGAGAGUGAAAUUUUGGAUUUGGAUGAUGACUUAUAUCUUGGUGGACUUCCUGAGAACAAAGCAGCUCUUAUUUUUCCAACAGAAGUAUGGACGGCUCUUCUUAAUUAUGGCUAUGUUGGUUGUAUUAGAGACUUGUUUAUUGAUGGUCAAAGUAAAGACAUACGGAGGAUGGCUGAGAUCCAAAAUGUGGCUGGAGUGAAACCUUCAUGUGCCAAGGAACUUCCAAAGCAGUGCCUUAGUGAUCCAUGUCGAAAUAAUGGUAUUUGUAGAGAAGGCUGGAACCGAUAUAUUUGUGACUGUUCUGGAUCUGGAUUUCUUGGCAGGUCCUGUGAGAGAGAAGCAACAAUACUGAGCUACGAUGGAAGUAAAUUUAUGAAAAUCCAACUCCCUGUUGUAAUGCAUACAGAAGCAGAAGAUGUAUCACUGCGAUUUAUGUCACAACGAGCCUAUGGAAUCUUAAUGGCCACGACAUCCCGAGAUUCAGCAGAUACUCUGAGAUUGGAACUUGAUGGUGGUCGUGUCAAACUUACUGUCAACCUAGACUGUAUCAGGACUAACUGUAAUAACAGCAAGGGUCCAGAAAUGCUUUAUGCUGGACAAAAUCUCAAUGAUAAUGAAUGGCACACAGUCCGUGUGAGUCGCCGGGGAAAGAAUUUGAAGCUGAUUGUGGAUGAAUUACAACCCGUUGAAGAUCAAAUGACAGGAGAUCACACUCGACUGGAGUUCCACAAUAUUGAAACAGGCAUAGUGACUGAAAGGAGAUACAUGUCAAAUGUCCCUUCAAAUUUCAUCGGCCAUUUACAGAGCCUCAUGUUUAAUGGAAUGCCUUAUAUUGACCUGUGCAAAAAUGGUGAUAUUGACUACUGUGAACUCAAUGCUAGAUUUGGUUUAAAAAGUAUCAUCGCUGAUCCUGUGACCUUCAAGACAAAAUCCAGCUACGUUGCACUGUCCACUUUGCAGGCUUACACCUCCAUGCAUCUGUUCUUCCAGUUCAAGACGACAUCAGCAGAUGGCCUGAUACUCUUCAAUAGCGGAGAUGGCAAUGAUUUCAUUGUAAUUGAACUUGUUAAAGGAUACUUACACUAUGUAUUUGAUUUAGGAACUGGUCCUUCCCUUAUUAAGGGCAACUCUGACAAACCACUGAAUGACAAUAAGUGGCACAAUGUGUUGAUUUCAAGGGACACAAACAACUUGCACACUGUGAAAAUCAACUCCAAACUCAUCACUCAAAAUACAGUUGGAGCCAGAAAUCUCGAUCUCAAAGGGGACUUGUAUAUUGGAGGUAUUGCCAAAGACAUGUACAAAACAUUACCAAAGCUGGUGGCAUCAAAGGAGGGAUUUCAAGGCUGUUUGGCUUCAGUGGACCUGAAUGGAAGGCUUCCGGAUCUGAUUUCUGACGCUUUGUAUUGCAAUGGGCAGAUUGAGCGAGACUGUGAAGUUGCAUUGAUGAAAGCUGACUUGCAAGGGCCAAGUACAACCUGUCAAGAGGAUUCUUGUGGAAACCAAGGAGUCUGCCUGCAGCAGUGGGAUGGCUUCACCUGUGACUGCACUAUGACCUCAUAUGUUGGCUCUUUAUGCAAUGACCCUGGCACAACGUAUAUCUUUAGUCGAGGUGGUGGAUUAAUCAUUUACACGUGGCCCCCAAAUGACAGACCAAGCACCAGAGCAGACAGGCUAGCUGUGGGCUUUGAUACGCAUGUAAAAGAUGCCAUUUUGGUGCGUGUAGACAGCUCUGCUGGGCUUGGAGACUACCUACAGCUUCACAUUGAACAAGGAAAAAUUCGGGUUAUUUUUAAUGUCGGAACAGAUGACAUCACCAUUGAAGAAUCAAGUGGUAUUGUAAAUGAUGGAAAAUACCAUAUAGUACGAUUUACACGGAGCGGUGGUAAUGCCACUCUACAGGUGGACAACUGGCCAAUCAUUGAACGUUAUCCAUCAGGAAACAAUGAUAACGAACGCCUGGCGAUUGCUAGACAGCGAAUCCCAUAUCGACUUGGUCGAGUAGUUGAUGAUUGGCUACUCGACAAAGGACGACAGCUUACAAUCUUCAAUAGCCAAGCAACUAUAAAAAUUGGUGGCAAGGAUAAGGAUCGUCCAUUCCAGGGUCAGCUAACUGGCCUGUACUACAAUGGCUUGAAGGUGCUUAAUAUGGCCGCUGAAAAUGACCCAAAUAUCAGAAUAGAAGGAAACGUGAGAUUAGUAGGGGAAGUGUCUUCGAUGACAACAGAAACAACAACCACAUCAAAGCCACAUGAAGUAUCAACUACCAUCAUGGAAACUACAACCACAAUGGCCACUACCACCACCAGGAAGGGAAGGUCAACAACCACGAGAGACAUUAUGACUCAGAGCACAGAUGAUCUAUUGGUUGCAUCUGCUGAAUGUCCUAGCGAUGAUGAGGACAUUGACGAAUGUGAGCCGAGCUCAGGUGGGUUAGGUGGCAGAGGCUUCCCAGGAACAGCAGAAGUCAUUCGAGAAUCAAGCAGUACCACAGGAAUGGUGGUAGGGAUUGUAGCAGCAGCUGCUCUUUGCAUUCUCAUCCUCCUCUAUGCCAUGUACAAAUAUAGGAAUAGAGACGAAGGCUCCUACCACGUGGAUGAGAGCAGAAACUACAUCAGUAACUCGGCUCAGUCCAAUGGGGCUGUAGUGAAAGAGAAGCAGGUGAACAAUGCCAAAAAUUCAAGCAAAAACAAGAAGAAUAAAGAUAAAGAGUACUAUGUCUGAUCAAGCACUUGGAAGAAGGAAGCCUAUAAAAUGAGGAGGAAACACAAAAACAUUUUAUCAAAGACGUGAUAAAACUGAGAUUUACUUUUUGCAAAGCACAUGGGAUAAAAAAGACAGUACACAUAAUCAGGAAGGAAAGACAACAGUUUGUAAAGUAAGCUUUAACAUUUCAAGCUGGUUGAAGUCUCCUACUUGUUCACAGUGUUUUAAUUUGCUCCGCCUUCUGGUUGUCUGAACUUUACUGUGGAGGCAACAGCAUGAAGCAUUCAUCAAGAAGAGUAUUACAACAUUGCACAGAGAAUCUACCUGUUACCAUGAGUUUUUCAGCCAAAGUGCUAAACAAUUCUGCAAUGUGACAGAAGUCUUAUUACUCCAAGAAACUUUAAAGUUAGUUAGCAGACCCUCAACAUCAAUGGGUUUCAUCAUCUUUACAUCCUUGGGAGACCUGUGUUUAAGUGCUGGCUACAACAUAAGACUAAUGUUAAAUAGUAUAACAUGGAAUAAUCCCUUUCUGUUUGUAAGAAGUAAGAACGCCUUAAUUUCAUCCACAGGAAAUAUAAGGCAUGGAUAUAUACAAAUAAAGAGAGAGCAUAGAUACAAUCAUUUGAAAAUUUUCAUGCACGCUAAUAUGUUAUUACAUACAUUUAUACAAACAUGUAUAUGUGCUUUCUGGACUGUGAUGAGUGAUGUUUUAUAGCCUGUUGUAUAGACAAUGCAAAUAUUUCUGCUAUCCAGACAUUUUUGGUAAACGCAAUGUUAUAGCUGUAGCUAUGGAUAGACAAGUUUGAAGUUGUUGAUGAGAUCUGCAAUUUUAAUGUUUUUGCAGCCAUCAUUAAUAGUCUCAAACUUUUUAUUAAUUGCCAUUGUAAUGAAUGUCUACCAUACAUGUAAGAGAGAUACAUGUGAAUGUAAAUAUAAUUUAGCUGCAUUUUUGUAAUUCAGACAGUAAUCUCUUCUGUUUGAGGUUUUGUUGCGUGGGAAACAAAGCAAGUUUUACACUGAAACGGUGGCUAAUAUUAUGAAAUCUUUGUUAGAUAUACCAAUGGAAAUAGAUCUCAAUAAUUUCAUCUUUUUUUCAUGUUUUCUCUAAAUGGGAAAAAUAAAAAAAGUUUCAAAAAUCUCAUCAUUCCUUAAUUUGCAAGACAUGUAUUGAUGUUGUUGAAUGUCAAUCAAUGUGCUUUGUUACAUGGAAAUCUUCCUAAAUAUCUACAGCAUCACUGCAGAAAGUACAGUUGCUUAUUUCUUCCUAUUGUUAUGCUUCAUCUUUUUUUCUAAUUUAAACAUGUCCUUCUCCCAUUUGGAAGCUUUAACAUUAAAGCAUUGAAGGUCUUUCAUUUUCUAGCUCUAAUGGGUACUAUAUAUGGAAUACUAAAAUACCUAGAUCUUAACAACUCAUUAUUUAGCUUUUUAUAUUAUUUUUGGUGAUUUCAUAGCAAUAA